AUGAAGGAGGGGAGAGUGGAAGAAAGUGGAGGGGAGAGUAAGAGAAAGAGGGAGAUAGGUGAGGAGAUAAAGGAACGAGGGUAGGGUAGCGUGGGGAGUGGGGUGGUGAAAAGGGGAGAGGAGUGGGAUGGUGAAUGUGGGAGUAGGGGUGAAUGAAAAAAAACAUUCUUUUGAGGGGUAGGGUUUAAAAUUUUUUGUAUUUUUUGGUCUGAACGGACAUAGAAUAGUCAUUUUUAGGUCAAUAAGUCCAUGGAAAAAUUGUUUUUUAAAUUUUAAAAGACCUUUUUAGGUGAAAAACUAGGUAUGGCAGCCUUUUUUAGCCAAUAUUUAUGCAAAAUACGUUUUUUUAGGUCUGAAAGUCUGUAGAAAAACGUUUUUGAGCUUCUGAAAUACCCCUCCUUAGGUCAAAAACUAAGUAAGACUGUGUUUUAUCAGGUCAAUGUUUAUUUAAGUUUAAAACGCCCUCUUUUAGGCCUAAACCUAAGCAGAACUACUUUUUUUCGCCAGAAUGUGUUUAAAAUGCCCCAUUUUAGGUCUAAAAGUCUCUAAAAUAAAAAAAAUUUUUUAACUAUAAAUCACCCUAAUUUCUCCACAAAUCCCCAUAGUAACCUAAUAUAUCCUAUUCGGCAACAAACGAGCGAUUAAUUAAGCGGUGGUAUCUUUUAUGUCCUAAUAAACAUACGACCUCUUCUUGUUUACUGCGUUCUCUGGAUCGCUUUAUUUUACGACACUCAAGAUGUAUUAAUUUGCAUAAAACGGCGCAAAAGAAAAAUAUUUAUUGCCGUAAAUCACCCUUGUGGGUUGACUGAAUAGGGGGGUUUAUUACUGCGGUAUAUAUGGUUGGGUGGUAAGGAAUACAGUAGAAUGUGGGGCUAGGGCUCUGGAGUAGGGCUCUGGGCGAGGGCUCUGGACUAGGGCUCCGGACUAGAGCUCUGGGCUAGGGCUUUGGGCUAGGGCUUUGGGCUAGGGCUCUGGGCUACGGCUCUGGGCUAUGGCUGUGGGCUAGGGCUCUGGACUAGCGAUCUGGCUAGGCUAUGCUUAGGGUACCCUGACGUCAAAAAGUUUCUUCCCGACACGGUUCCCACAAAAAUCAAAAUUUAAAAAAUGUACAGUAAAUUACAUUGAAAUCAAAGUAAAAUUUACAAAAACACACUGACAAAACCGUAUUUUACAAAAAAUUACACAUUUCAGAGCUGAUAUGCGACAAUGAAGGAAACAUAACAUGCCCUAUAUGUGAAGAAAAGGUUGGUCCAAACAAUUAUGUAGAACAUUUGGAAUUCGAACGAAAUUCCUUGAUUCAGGCAGUUCAGAAGUAAGUCUACUAUAAUAUGUGGUCAAAACUUAUCCUAUCUCCCACGCUCCAAUCAAAACUGAUCUUCUUCUUGCCUUAUGUAACUUAUUGGCUAACAAAAUUGAUUUCUUACACAACCCCAACAUAAAAAUUGCUUUUUUCUACACCACCCCUUCCCAAGCUUGAUCUAUUUAGCCUCCAAGUACGUAAUAAUCUUAAAUCUAUCAAAGAUAUGUCAGAAAUUUCAAAAAUUCUAUCCAAAAUUGAAUGUUUCAGCCUAAAAAACAAUGUCAACUCCCGCCUCCACAGUGAUUCUCCCCAAACCGCUUCUCACGCCGUGUUCGACGCCGAAUCCUUGGCCAAAGCCGCGAAUCAGAGAGAAAAACGAAAUUUCGAACUUCAACGAAUUCGCCAAAACCAACAGAAACGACUUCAAAUGAAGGCGCAUCUUCUGGCAGCAACACCGUUGAGGGCAAUCGAACGAAACCACAGCUUCGGAGAUGAACAUUCUCAACGAUCUGGCUCUACAUUGUCGACGGAUGAGAAAAACUAUUGUAAAUCGUGUGAACGUACUCAAGAGUUCCUGGUGGUAAGUGCUGGAUUGGACGAGCCAAGAUGUAUAGACUGUUUUUACAAAUACAGAAGACAGGUUGGAGCGUUGCCUUUGACGGUAAGGAUAAUAUUAGGUUGUUCACAUAAAUCACAUGGUUAAUAUUGUUUUAAUGAUUAAUUUAGAAGUCUUCGUAGGUUGUCUAAUUAAAAAAUGUUUUUCGGGGCUGUAAGAUGUCAUAAUGUAACAUUCAUUUGGCGUUCUGUUUCAAAUUCAGCGAUAUUUUGGGAAAAAAAGUUUUGAAAAAUAUUUUUUCAUGUAUAACAUUGGCGAAUCGUUGCUAAAUUCUGCGUUUUUCUAUUUUAAAUAUAGUUUUUCUUUUACAAUUCAAUUAUACCUAGCUUUUAUCUAAAGGUUAUUAUAAAACCUGACAGUCUUAGAACAAAACGGUUUCGUUUCCAAUAACCUUUGGCCCACCAGCAAGAUUCAACCUAAAACAAAAUCCAGAGCCGAUUGGUAUGUAGUUUAUAUUGUUUUGUUUUUGUUGUUUUAGGUAUAGACUUUUUAUUUCAAGGAAUUGGAAACUUUUUCUUCAUCUUUCGAGUGUUUUAUUUCAACAGCUUGAAGUUGCUUUAGCACUAUGUUUAGGUAACUAUUGAAAGUUAUGUCUGGUUUUGGAGCGAAAAACAUGGAGAAUCAGUUGAUAAAAUGUUGUAGAAUGUUUUUAAAACCUUUAUGUAGAAGUUCAUUGUGCAAAACAAGCUAAAUUCUUUGUUUUCUUCGGCCAAAGCGUUGGAUAUUGUUUUAGAUGAAAUUCCAAAACAAUUUUAGCUUGUUUUCGACUGAAAUUAUACCUAAAGCUACUUAAAACAUGCUACAGCAAUUAAAUUCACUUUGUUUUAAACUUGAAACCAAGAUUUUACUCUUGACUGUUAUCUAAAUUUUGCGCCAAAACAAUAUCAAGAUGUUACCUAAAAAAUGACGCUCGGUAAAUAAUGAAAAGUCUUUAAUUUGUCGAAAUAUUAAGAAUUUUACCUAUAACAACAAAAAUAAAGCAAGAUAAAGUACUUACCAGUCGAUUUUUGACAUUAUUUUAGCUUGAAUCACUCAAACGUCGCGAAUUGUUACCUAAAUAUAUAUUGUUUUAUCUGUUAUAAGCAAAACUAAUUUAAGUUCUUUUUAGAUAACCCAAUCUCCGCCAGAAGACCACCAAAGUGGUCCUAGUUCAACCAACUCCACCAAAAGUCCCACCCAAUUCCCUGAUGAUAUUAAGGUAGAGGUGGAGGAUGCUCCAACUCCAAAACGAUCCCGUAUAGAAAUGUAA